UAAUUUUUCACAUUUAAACUAUAUCUCUUCACUUAUCCCAUUAAAGAUGCUAAGUACGAUAAAUAUGUAAUGAGAUUUUGUAUGUAUUAGAUAUAUGAAGAUAUUUUUGUGCAUGUGUGCUCAGAUUUAUAACAUUAGUGGCUAAAAAUUGCAGAAUCUAAAUCGGGUACUAGCAGACAAAAUUAAAUUUCCUUUUCUUUUCUUGUCACAGAUUAUUACAACUGAAGUUCCAAGUUCUUCAGAUCAAAUCUUCUUGAGAUCUUGGUGAAAUAAAGUCUUAAUUCAUCAGAACAUGGAGAAGAUUCUUAAUCCGUACGAAAAGCAGUUCAUGAAAAUGGCUAUGCUUAAACAUGAAGAAACGUUCAAGCAACAGGUAUAUGAACUUCAUAGGUUAUAUCAAGUCCAAAAGAUUUUGAUGAAGAACAUGCAGAUCAACGAGGGGAGUAAUGUAAGUUCAGGACUAGGGACGUUCAUCAGAAGAGUUGAUCAAGAUAUUGACCAACCGGCGAAUUUUCCCGGCGGAGAAGACUCCGGUGGAAAUAAUAAGAUUAUGGACGAGAGUGAGAUCGAGCUAACGCUUGGGCCCUCAUGUUACGGUGGCGAUUUGAUGAGAAUGAACAAGAAGAUGAAAAAUAAUUCUUGGCCGGAGAUAAUGGACGAAAAUUUAAAUUCUGGCAGCCGGAGCUUCUCGUCGUCUUCGACAGGGUCAAGCAAUAAUAACCACAGCAAUCUUGAAGAACAAGAGAGACAAGAGAGAUUAAUGAAACAUCAGAAGCAGAAGCAGCAAUGGCUUCAAGCAUUGACUUUGAAUGUUAUUUGAUAAUAAUAAAUAACAUUCAUAUUACACUAUAUUCUGAAAUAGAUUUCCAUUUCUUUUUUUCAGUUUAGUUUUUUUUUUAAUCAGAUGAUCUUUUUAGUGCUUAUCAGUAAAUUUUUUUUUUUUUUUUGAACAACUAUCAGUAGAUUUCUUCUAUUCUA